CCAACAACUACAGCGCAGAAUUGCAGAAUUGGGUAUUCUCAAAUUUUGAUAGCUUUUGAAAAAUAUCCGUUACUUCUAAAGCUAAUAACAACAUCACUUUUGGAUCGACUUUUCCGGAUUGCCUUUUCCAAUAUCGAGCUUCAAAUGAAGCUUGCCGAUGAAUCUAAGACUGGGAAUGCAUCAAACGUAUCACGAUCAUUAUUGGAACUAGUCGGCAACAAUGACAUGACAAAUGAGCGAAUGAGUAGAAUAAGAAAAAGAAGAGCACAAAUGGGAACGGUGAUGUUUCCUGAAGAUUGA